AUGAAGGCCGCAGUGAUGAGUAUUAAUCGUCAGUUUUCCAGCUCUGCUGCAACUGGGUUGCGCAAGAUUAAAGUUCAGACUCCCGUUGUGGAGUUGGACGGUGAUGAGAUGACUAGAAUUAUCUGGGAUAAGAUUAAGAGUAAACUUAUCUUACCAUAUUUGGAUGUGGAUUUGAAGUAUUACGAUCUUUCCGUGACGAACCGUGAUGCCACUAACGAUCAAGUUACUGUGGAUUCUGCUAAUGCCAUCAAGAAAUACGGUGUUGGUGUGAAAUGUGCCACUAUUACACCGGACGAGGGUCGUGUUAAAGAGUUCAAUUUGAAAAAGAUGUGGAAAUCACCAAAUGGUACCAUCAGAAACAUCCUUGGUGGUACUGUUUUCCGUGAACCAAUUGUCAUUCCUAGAAUCCCAAGAUUAGUGCCUGGAUGGGAAAAACCUAUUGUCAUCGGUAGACAUGCCCAUGGUGAUCAAUAUAAGGCCACCGAUCUUGUCGUUCCAGGUCCUGGUAAGUUGGAAUUGGUUUACAAGCCAACUGAUGGAUCCGAGACCAAGACUUUGGAAGUUUACGACUACAAGGGUCCUGGUAUCGCUUUGGCCAUGUACAACACAGACGAAUCCAUCCGUGGAUUCGCUCAUGCCUCUUUCAAAUUGGCUAUCACCAAGAAAUUGAACCUUUAUCUUUCCACCAAGAACACUAUCUUGAAGAAAUACGAUGGUAGAUUCAAGGAUAUCUUCCAGGAAAUUUACGAUUCCGAGUAUAAAUCCGAAUUUGAAAAGUUGGGUAUCUGGUACGAACACCGUUUAAUUGACGAUAUGGUUGCCCAAAUGAUCAAAUCUAAGGGUGGAUUCAUCCUUGCGUUUAAGAACUAUGAUGGUGAUGUCCAAUCCGAUAUCGUUGCUCAAGGGUUCGGGUCCCUUGGUUUGAUGACCUCUGUUCUAGUGACCCCAGACGGUAAGGCCUUCGAAAGUGAAGCUGCUCACGGUACCGUCACUAGACACUACAGACAAUACCAACAGGGUAAAGAAACCUCAACAAACUCCAUCGCUUCCAUCUUCGCUUGGACUAGAGGUUUGGCCAAGAGAGGUGAACUAGACAACACUCCAGAAGUCGUCGAAUUUGCCAACUUGUUGGAAAAAUCCACUUUGAACACUGUCCAAGAAGACGGUAUCAUGACCAAAGAUUUGGCCCUUGCCUGUGGUAACACUGACAGAUCAAGUUAUGUGAACACCGACGAAUUCUUGGAUGCUGUUGAAAAGAGAUUCAGAAAUGACGUUAAAUCUCUGCAGUGA